AUGAAGCUCCAAGGAUUGAUUCUUGCCCUAACCACCCUGGGUCUCCACACUUGCGCCUUUACCCCUUCUCUUCGUCCCCCGGUUUUGUCUGUUGUUAGCCUCGCUGCUACCACUACCGUCGAAGAUGAAUCGGAAUCCGUACCCAAGACAGCAGCAGUGCCGCAAGCGGCGCAACGUAGGAUCCUUGGUUCUCAAGAGAACCUCAUGUUGCCGCGGCAGUACUCUCCCGGCAAGGAUGUAUUUCCCCAAAUGAACCACGUGAGCGUUGCGGUGUUAUCGUCGACCCCAUCGGAAGAAAUCCUUCGCCAAGCGAUUGACGAUGCCAUGGCGUCUCAUCCCCUACUGAGGUGUCACAUUGAAGGCGACGGAGAACCAGACGAACGCAUCGAUCUCUUUCAAAUGGUUCGGAAAGGUGAGCCUCAACCAUGCACCUUUUGUUCUUCGAGUACCACAGAGUUCACGUCCAAGGAUGUGUUAUCGGUGGUCGAUGUCUUUGGAGGAGACCGAGUCGCUCUGGAUGCUUCCUGGAAGACCACCUUUCAAAAGGACAUUGACGAUGGCUCUUGGUGUACUGUCGAAAAGGGACCUCUCUGGAAGCUCGAGUGGCAUCGCUAUCAAGAGGACUCCAACGGGAUCCCUUGUGCUCUGGUCUUUUCGUUCAAUCAUGCCAUUUCCGAUCAGAGCAGUGCCAACCGAUUGAUUGAUCAGAUUGUGGGAAACAUGGCUUCCAUCGAAGCAGAUGGCUCCAUCACCAAGCCAGGCAAGAAGCAGGACAUGCCCGUCUCGGUCGAAGAUUCGGUCUUGGGAUUGCACCAGCGGUGGAAUGAUGUCCUUGUCAAGGGAAUUUCGCCGGGGACCAUUGCCUAUGUGGCUGGCAAAGCCGCGGAAGGAUUCAAGUCACCCGUCAUUCUGCCCGAUUCGGAAAAUGACGGAAGCAGCGUCAUGAGCUCCUUGUCCAUUAUCUCGGGCAACGCGGCUGGAGGGGAAGAUGCCGGCAGCGAAGACCGCAAGAGCACUCUGCAGUUUCGGACCUUGUCGGCAGCGACCACGUCGGCACUCUUGAAUAAGUGCCGCGAAAAUCAAGUGUCCAUCACCAACGCCUUGACGGCUGCCACGACGCUCGCUUCGACCGAUUUCAUUGAUGGCGGAAAUCAGGCCGACGACGGCAAGCGUCGCAACUACAAGGUUCUUCAGUCACUGGAUCUUCGUCGUUUUGGUGCACAGUUGGAUCAAGGAAAAACAGUGGGAUGUCUUGCUGGAAGUAUGGAUCUUAUGCAUGGCCCCUUUCCCGACUACUCGGGGAAAGCAUUGCGCGAGAAUCCACCACCCGAAGGUUUUGUCCAAUUCUGGAGACUUGCCCAAGACGGCCUGGACCAAACCAGAGCGUUUGUUGCUUCGGAAGGUCCCAAACACGCAAUGAGGGUAUUCGACUUUGCCAUGACAAUUGCGGAUCUAAACAACCUCGUCUACCUGACGGCGCAGUCAAAGGACACCCAAGGUCGCGCUUACAGUGCUGGUGUGACCAACAAUGGCGUCUACGAACGCCAGGAGGCGUUUGAAAGGGAGGGAGAGUCUGCCAGAGCACCGCUGAAGACAAAACACGGGAGAUACAAUGUGGAUGACAUCUUCUUUGGUGUCUCGCACGCUCGUUCUGGUUGUCUCUAUCAGUUGAGUUGCUUGACGCUAGGAGGAGAGAUGAAGUUGACCUUCCAUCCAGCGAUGCCCAUUGUCAGCGAGGAGACCAACAGACAAUUUGCGGAUGCGUUUGUGGAACUCAUUGAAGCCGUUGCCUGCAACUAA